GCUCAACGUUGGCAGGUUGAGGUCAACGUCCUAAAGAAUUGUUGCCACCGCACGCGAUCAUAAAUGUUUUCCAAACCAAAUUACUCUUGGAAUUAUCCUCAAAGAAAAUCUUCAAUACCUUCAAUGCAGAAAUCUUAUUUAUUUUCCCUCUUGAAGCAUUGUUUAAGCUCACAACACAGGUAGUUAGCAUCAGUUACCAUAGGUCACAAAUCUCAAAGGAUACGCUUUUGCUUACUGCAAAUCCCAGAAAUACGUCAUGACCGCCAUGCGCUGUAGGCACCCUCUAGUAGCGAAAAAGAACACUACUGCCCUUACUGCUUCAGAGGAAAGGAGAGCUCAUUCCUCUAGUUUCAGCACUGGCCUCUAUCUCUCUACGCGUAACACAUACGAGCGGUUUAGUCGGUUUAGUUAGAAAUUUUUCUGAGUGACAGCGUCGCUAUGUUUUGACAGAAGAUUCCGUUUCACGUAAAGAAAUCAUGAGCAACUCGCGCUUACGAUUUCCCUCGCUUUUCGAGAUUGUAGCGGCGAGCGGCCUUUGUCCAAUGCCGUCGGAAAUCGACGUUCUAAAUGAUUCGGAGCCAUGCGACAAGGGCCUCCUAGAUGUCCUGCAGCAGCUUGAAACCCUGGUGACUGGAAAUGUGACUCCAGCCACACCAGAGUUCGAACCAUCAUCGAACUUUGUUGCAAUGCUGGUGAUUGGCUGGCUUGUGGCGCGAGAAAAUGCUCUGGAGAUCCUGUUGCAGCAGAUUAUUUCUCCUGCGGGGACAGGUGUAGCAAAGAAGCAAGACUGUCAGCAGCAGCCUGUCUGUGCUGAUCAAAAAGCCUGUUGGCUGGCCUGGUCACGCUUGCGCCUCAGCCUCAGGAGUCUUGCGGCUGUCAUGCAACAGCAUGCAUCCCUCCUUCACCGCGCCCAGCUGUGGCUGCCCAGAGACAACGAGCAGCAGCGUGCCCUGAAGGCUUACCUCCAUUGGCAAAAGGAAGAACAGCACUUGCUCUGGCAGGCAUUGCUGGCGCACCACCCACACGGCUCAGCGGAGCUGCAGAUGUACAAGACGCGGCUGCGACACCGUCGAGACAUCGGUAACGUCGCAGAUCGGUUGACCGGCCUCGCCGAGCGCUGCCAGGGCUUUUGGCCCUAGCGCCACGACGAAGACGAAGGACACCAGAGAAGACUCUCGAUUUUUUUUUCGGCAGCUUUGCUGCAGAGAGUUGGAUGUUUUUUUUUCCCUUUUUUUUCUUUAUUCCAUUUUAUUAAGUGUCUCUAGCAGUGAUACAACAGUUUACAACAAUAAAAAAAAUAAUGGUUUGCAGCAGCUUGUGUAAUUUAUUUUCUCCCUGACCCCGCGCAUUUGUAGACAAAUAAAGAAAAAAAUAAAGGGUGUGGUGGUUGGUAGUAGUGGUUGGUGGUGGUGGGCCUCGCGGCCAAGCCUCUGGCACGCCCCUUGUUCUCACUUUUUUUGUGUGUGUCGUGUGUGCUCCCAGGGUUCGACGACAGCGGUGCCCCCGACUGGCGACAACAUUUCGUUAAUUUUUUUUUGUCUUUUUUCAAACAUUUUUUUUCUCGUAUUUUGCGGCUGGAGACUAGAGGCUCAAAAGGGGGGCACCUAGAGAAUCACAGUCCCUGCGCCCUAAGUACUUCCCUUCUUUCCCAACACACACAGCUGGCCCAAGGAAAAAAAAAAACACGGUGUCCCAUUUCACGCGCCACAAUUAGAAUAUUCCUAGCAAAGAGUGCAAAAAACAACAACUUAUAAAUCAAGGGAGGGGAUGAGAGAAGUUGGACGUAAACGAAAAAAAAAAAUAAACACUGUGUGAAAGAGAUGCUCGCAAAAAAUGUCCAUGCAACCCUUGUUAUGUGUGUUAGGAACAAGUAAACAAAAAAUGUAACAUGGCAAAAAAUUGGAAAAAAUCGCGCGUCUAACGGAAGAAGCACUUGCACCUAAGCGCGGCAGCGGCCGCGAUAAAUUUUUCUUCUCUCCUUGCGGACGCACGCAACGCACACACACGCAGACAUCGUGUUGUGGAUAUAUCUUUUUUUUUUAAACAGUUCCUUUCUCUCUCACCAAGGAUGCGCACGCACAGAAAAACGAAGAGAAGGUGUGAGUGCCACAAGAAAACACACUGUGGCCAACAAACAGGUGACAACACUGUAGAAGCGGCUUUUCUUUUAAAAGUUGCGAAAAAAAAUUAAAAGAGUGAGAAGGAGUAGGAGAGGGUGGGGGAUGGUUGUGUGGUGGUGG